CAAUUUGCAUGUUGGAUAUUAAUUGAUAAAUAUUUACAUUGUUUUAUCACAAAUUGUUAAAGUGUAUAGAAGCAAAAACAUUUGUACUACUUUUUUUCUAAUGCCACGAAACAAAAAGGUAGUUUCUUCUUUGCUGCUGUAAUUUUAAAAACAACAACAAAACACAGAACAAAGCGUUUUGGUUGUUCAGUUAAGCAUCAAACGCACAACAACAACAAAAACAAAAACAACCACAGGAUUACACUUAGCAAAUUUUUCGGAUAAGUCAAACAAAACAAAUUCUUCUUCUUAGCUUCUUCACCCAGCGAACAUGAAUUGGAUUAAAAUUGCACUAACCGCGUUUUUAACGCUCAGCAUAAUUACAAAGGAGGUUCACAGUUCGGGUCUCUUCGAAUUACGACUAAAAUAUUUCAAUAAUGAACAUGGUCGUGACAGUGAAGGUCAUUGCUGUAGCGGUCAAUCGGAUAGCAGUACGGGUAAAUGUAUUGGCACUUGUAAGACGCGAUUUCGAGUCUGCCUGAAGCAUUAUCAAGCCAAAAUAGAUACAACAUCCCCAUGCACAUACGGUGAUGUUGUGACCCCUAUUUUGGGUGAAAACUCUGUGAAUCUCACAAAUGCGCAAAGUAUACAAAACAAGGACUUCACGAAUCCAAUACAGUUUGCUUUCAAUUUUGCUUGGCCGGGCACGUUUACAUUGAUCGUUGAAGCAUGGCACGAUACAAACAACAGCGCCAACGCACGUACCAAUAACUUACUUAUACAGCGUCUUUCGGUGCAGCAAGUCUUGGAUGUAUCAACGGAAUGGAAAACGAAUAAAUCAGAAUCGCAAUAUACUUGGUUGGAGUAUGAUUUCCGUGUCAUUUGCGAUGCGCAUUACUAUGGUACGGGCUGUGCGAAUUUAUGUCGCCCCCGUGAUGAUAAUUUCGGGCAUUAUACUUGCUCAGAGACGGGCGAAAUUAUAUGCCUAACUGGUUGGCAAGGAAACUACUGUGAGAAAGCUAAAUGCGUUAAAGGUUGCGAACAUGGCCAUUGCGAAAAGCCAAAUCAGUGCAUUUGUCAGCUGGGCUACAAAGGACCACUGUGUAACGAAUGUGAAUCUUAUCCUGGUUGUGUACAUGGCACAUGUAAGAAACCCUGGGAAUGUAUUUGCAAAGAAGGUUGGGGUGGUCUGCUUUGCAAUCAGGAUCUCAAUUACUGCACCAACUAUCGGCCCUGUCAAAACAAUGGCACCUGCUUCAAUACUGGUCAAGGCUUAUAUACUUGCAAAUGUCCACCCGGAAUUACUGGUUCCGAUUGUGAAACCGAAAUUACUUCCUGCGACGAUGUGAAUCCUUGUCAAAAUAAUGGUACUUGUCACAAUGAGUCCAGCGCUCGUGGUUACAGAUGCGAAUGCAAAAAAGGUUGGUCGGGCAAAAUGUGCGACAUGCGCGUAAUAACCUGCCAGGAUAAACCUUGCCUACAUGGCACUUGCCGUGAUACUAACAAAGGCUAUCAGUGUGAAUGCCCUAACGGAUACAGCGGUUUGUCCUGUGAAAUACACGUAGACAAUUGUAAUCCAAACCCUUGUCUGAAUGGCGGCACUUGUUCAAUGACCAGCAGCGGAUCACAUAAAUGCCAAUGUCAGAGCGGAUUUACAGGCAACAUGUGUGAGCAAAAUAUAGAUGACUGUCAAGGUAAUCCUUGCCAGAAUGGUGGCACAUGCAUUGACUUGGUUAAUCAAUUCCGCUGUCAAUGUGUGGCCGGCUAUCUCGGUUCUCUAUGCUCCGACAAAGUUGAUCUCUGUAUUACCAAACCUUGUGCUAAUGGCGGUACUUGCACCAAUCUAAAUAACGACUAUCAGUGCACAUGCCGUGCUGGUUUUACUGGUAAAGAUUGUUCAAUAGACAUUGAUGAGUGCAGCUCAUCUCCAUGUCGUAAUGGCGGCACUUGCGUUAACCGUGUGAACAGUUUUUAUUGUGUUUGCGCCAAUGGCUAUCGAGGCACACAGUGUGAGGAGGAAUCCUAUUCUUCAGCAACUUAUGAUGCACGUCAGUAUGAGGCAACAACUCAGGCGCGCAGCGAUGGUUUAACAAGUGGUCAAGUAGUGCUCAUAGCCAUACUCUCUGUUACCAUGCCUCUGGUGGCGGUUAUAGCUGCUUGUGUUAUAUUCUGCAUGAAACGUAAGCGUAAGCGUGACCAAGAGAAAGACGAUGCAGAAGCGCGUAAACAAAACGAACAAAAUGCUGUGGCCACCAUGCAACAUAAUGGCGGAAUGAACAUAGGCGUAGGUGGAAUUGGUGGUUUAUCAGUGAAACGUGGUUCGAAUUCCGGACUAACUUUCGAUAAUUCAAAUCCAAACAUCAUUAAGAAUACCUGGGACAAGUCUGUGAACAACAUAUCUGCUACAGCUGCCGGCGAUGAUUGCUUAUUAAAUACUUCAUUGUACGGUGCUGCUAUGUCAAAUUUUGCAGCCGAUAAUAAUGCCAAUUCAGAAUUUUGUGCUGUCGGACAAAUUACGCCUUUACAGCGCGCCAAAUCACAAAAACAGCUUAACACCGAUCCAACAUUGAUGCAUCGUGCUUCGCAACUACUGAACGGUGCUACAUCCAGUACCGGUGUAUCAAUGCAAGGAGUAUCUGGCGCUGGCGGUGCUGCUAACUCAACCAAAGACUAUACCGAAGGUAAACGUAUCUCGGUGCUAGGCGAAAGCGCAUAUUGUAGUCAGCGGUGGCCAUCUUUGGCUGCAGCUGGCGUCGCUGGCGGCUGUGCUACACAAAUAUUAGCCAGUGCAGCAGCGACGGGGAAUACGUCAACAGGCUCAGCAGCUGUGCAACAUCAGCAACAACGCUCGGUAGUCUGCGGUACGCCGCAUAUAUAAACGAUGACUUAGUAUGAAUUGAGUAUGUUCUUUGCGUAAGAUACUGAUUUGGUGUGUGUUAGUGUGUCAGUGUGCAUGCGUUAGUUUGUUUAGCGGGAAGGGUAGGGGGACAUUAAGUAUAAAAUAGUUAAACAAGAGCUGUUAUAUAUACUAUGAUAAAUACAAUAACAAUUUUAACUAAUUUCCUCAUUUCUAUAUAAACAUAUAUUUUUAAUUUUAUUAAAAUAAUAAAUACUUCUUAAUUGUAAAGUAACGGUACGAUUCCACUGCACAGUUUUGCUACUUGACUUGAGUUUAAUAAAACUCUAAAAAGUGAUUGAACUAUUAAAUUGAGGUGUACAUCGACUCGGUUUGCACUCAGUUUUCUGCGCAAUGCAAGUGUGGCGUUAAAAUAAACCAAUGUAGAAUAUUUUUUUUUUAAUUUCUAAGGACUGACGCAAAUGUAAAGUUUCCGAAACUUAUGCACUUAAAACGCAUAGUGAAUAGAUGCACAACAUCAAGCAUGAGUGUCAUGCAAAUGAAUGGAUAUAUGAGAUCAUACAGUGUAUCUUGCAUGUGUGACAUUCAUGCAUUUUCUUGUGUACUCUUUUUGACAAUAAAAGUGGACAAAUUAAAUAUUUUGCUUUCACUAAAUAAUUAACUUAUUCACUUUUACAAUAAAUUCUCUCUUGACUUUUUCUAAGUGUACUCAGUAUUUGCUGAUGAAUCUUGAAGUACUAACGAAUCUAACGAAAAGAGUUUGACAAAGCAAUAAAGUUUACACUUAGACAAACAAUAUCUACCAACUACUGCAAAAUCUUUAACUAUAUUGUAUUAAAUUCAAACUGACGAUUCUUUAAUAAAUUGUUAUAAGUAUUUUUUUUAUAAUGUAUUACAAUGCGAACAAACUUUACCUAAAUUAACAAUAAAAAAGACACUGUAAAUAAUGGAAAAAUUAUGAAAUUCUUAACUGAAAAAAGCGGCCAGUUUCAGUAAAACUACAAAAAAAAAUUUAUUACAAAAAUAACUU